AUCUGCUACGAGAAACUCUGAAUGAAAAUAUGGAUCUGAAGAAUAAAACAACAGCUGAUUUCAUCCUGCUGGGGCUUUUUCCCGGCUGCAGGUACCCGAACCUCCUCAUCUUCCUCAUCCUCUCCAUCUACGCCCUGGCCUCUGCUGGGAAUUCCAUCCUAAUACUGCUCAUCUGGCUGGACCCCCGCCUCCACACCCCCAUGUACUUCCUGCUCAGUCAGCUGUCUCUCAUUGACCUGGCUUACAUCUCCACCACAGUGCCAAAGGCGGCCACCAACUACUUCAGCGGGAGGCAGGACAUCUCCUUCUUGGCCUGUGCCACUCAGAUGUUUUCCUUCCUCACCCUCGGCCUUGCUGAGUGCAUCUUGCUGACACUAAUGGCCUAUGACCGCUUUGUGGCUGUCUGUCACCCGCUGCGAUACACCAUUCUCAUGAGUCCCAAGGUCUGUCUGAAGAUGGCCGCCUCCACCUGGAUUGGAGCAGCUGGUGCAGCCCUUGUUCAUACCGCCUACCCCAUGAAUUUUCCGCUCUGUGGCUCCAGGAAGAUCAAUCAUUACUUCUGUGAAAUGCCCGCCAUUCUGAGAAUGUCUUGUGUGGACACCUCAGUCUACGAAAUGGUGAAGUUUGUGUCAACCAUUAUCUUUCUCCUGGCCCCAUUCACUCUGAUCCUGACCUCCUACACCCUCAUAUUCCUCACCGUCCUCAAGAUGAACUCUCCCAAGGGGAGGAAUAAAGCCCUGGCCACCUGCUCCUCCCACCUGACGGUCGUGAGUCUCUAUUUUGGUCAGGCCAUCUUCAUCUACAUGACUCCCACCUCUUCCCACACACCUGACCAAGACCAGGUAGGAGCUGUGCUGGGCACCAUAGUGACCCCCAUGCUCAAUCCUCUCAUCUACAGCCUGAGAAACAAAGAAGUGGUAGGAGCCCUACAGAAGUGCAUAGGCAGAUGCUGUGACCGUGACAAUGCCAGGUUCCUCCGGUGAAAUGUCUUAGCCUGCAACUUCAAAGUAAAUUUAAGUCAACUUGAAUCCAAAUCGGAUAGAGAACGUUGUGAGAAAGGAACAUCUUAGACUCACAGAAACUGGGAUUUGUUGGGAUGUUGUUGUUCUUAGUAGCAUAGUGGUGACCUGAGUUGAGUAAAGCCUUGUAAGAGUUACGUGCUUGUAAGAUUACUUGGAUUUUGAAAAUAACA